AUGGCGGAAGGAGGAGAUGGAGAGGAGGAGAUUCAGUUCUUACGUACGGAUGACCAGGUUGUGCUACAAUGCACUGCCUCCAUUCUGAAAGAACAGAUCAAACUGUGUCUUUCAUGUGAGGGCUUUGGGAACCGCCUCUGCUUCCUGGAGACCACCUCCAAUGCUCAGAAUGUGCCACCUGAUUUGGCGAUCUGCUGCUUCAUCCUGGAGCAAUCCCUGUCGGUACGAGCCUUACAGGAGAUGCUGUCCAACACCAUGGAGCUCAAUGAGUCAUCUCAAGGAGGGGGCCACCGUACCCUGCUGUAUGGCCAUGCCAUCCUACUGAAGCACACUCACUCCAGCAUGUACCUCAGCUGUUUGACUACCUCAAGGUCACUCACAGACAAACUGGCCUUUGAUGUGGGCUUACAGGAAGAUUCCACCGGGGAGGCGUGCUGGUGGACCAUUCACCCUGCGUCCAAGCAGAGGUCAGAGGGAGAAAAGGUCAGGGUGGGAGAUGAUCUCAUCCUGGUCAGCGUGUCCUCUGAGAGAUACCUGCAUCUCUCCUACGCCAGUGGUGACCUCAUGGUGGACGCCUCCUUCAUGCAGACGCUGUGGACCAUGAGCCCUGUGAUGUCUGGCUGUGAGCUUGCUGAAGGCUUUCUGACUGGAGGCUACGUUCUUAGACUGUUCCAUGGUCACAUGGAUGAGUGCUUGGCUAUCCCUGCUGCCGAACAAGGAGACGACCAGCGCAGAAUUGCUCAUUAUGAAGGGGGUGCUGUCUGUAGCCAUGCCCGGUCACUAUGGAGACUAGAACCGCUCCGGAUUGGAUGGAGUGGAGGUCACAUGAAAUGGGGCCAGUCGUUCCGAGUGCGUCAUAUAACCACAGGCCGCUACCUCUGCCUGGAUGAAGAGAAAGGACUGCUGGUGGUGGACCCUGAAAAAGCCAACGCCAAGAUGUCAGCCUUCUGCUUCAGAAUCUCCAAGGAAAAGAUCGAGGUGGCUCAGAAACGAGAUGUGGAGGGCAUGGGCACACCAGAGAUUAAGUAUGGGGAGUCCAUGUGUUUUGUACAGCACGUCUCCACUGGCCUCUGGCUUACAUACGCCUCUGUCGAUGCCAAGUCCGCUCGCCUGGGACCUCUUAAGAGGAAGGCCAUCCUUCAUAAGGAGGGCCACAUGGACGAUGCCCUGACCGUGGCCCGCUCCCAGACAGAGGAGUUCCAGGCUGCUCGUAUGAUCUACAACACAGCAGGCCUCUUCACUCAGUUCAUUAAAGCGCUGGACUCUCUGAGUGGGAAGAACAAGUCUUCUUCAGCCCCCCCGUCUCUCCCCAUGGACUCAGUGGCCCUCUCCCUGCAGGACCUCAUCUUCUACUUCCGGCCCCCUGAGGAGGAGCUGGAGCACGAGGAGAAGCAGACCAAACUACGCUCCCUCAAGAACAGACAGAACCUCUUCCAAGAGGAGGGCAUGAUCACCCUGGUGCUGGACUGUAUUGACAGACUCAAUGUCUACAACACGGCGGCCCACUUCUCCGAGUUUGCAGGGGAGGAAGCUGCCGAGUCUUGGAAGGAAAUCGUUAAUCUCCUGUACGAGCUGCUGGCCUCUCUCAUCAGAGGUAACCGGGCCAACUGUGCUUUGUUCUGUGAUAACCUGGAUUGGCUGGUCAGCAAACUGGACCGUCUGGAGGCCUCCUCAGGCAUCCUGGAGGUGCUGUACUGCGUUCUGAUUGAGAGUCCAGAGGUCCUGAACAUCAUCCAGGAGAACCACAUUAAAUCUAUAAUUUCUCUACUGGAUAAGCAUGGACGCAAUCACAAGGUGUUGGAUGUGCUCUGCUCUUUGUGUGUGUGUAACGGUGUGGCUGUAAGGUCCAAUCAGAAUCUCAUCACCGAGAAUCUGCUUCCAGGUCGCGACCUCCUCCUGCAGUCCAACAUCAUCAAUUAUGUCACCAGUGUGAGACCCAACAUCUUCCUCGGAACCUGUGAGGGAUCCACACAGUAUAAGAAGUGGUAUUUUGAGGUGAUGGUGGAUUAUGUAGAGCCCUUCCUGACCGCCCAGGCCUUCCACCUGCGUGUGGGCUGGGCUCUGACCGAGGGCUACAGCCCCUACCCUGGGGGUGGUGAGGGCUGGGGCGGCAACGGGGUUGGCGACGACCUUUACUCCUACGCCUUUGAUGGACUCCACCUGUGGUCAGGACGAGUCCUCCGGCAUGUCGCCUCCCCCAACAUGCACAUCCUAGCGGCAGACGAUGUGGUCAGCUGCUGCCUGGAUCUGAGCGUGCCCAGCAUCUCGUUCCGUAUCAACGGGCAUCCGGUGCAGGGCAUGUUUGAGAACUUCAACCUGGACGGCCUCUUCUUCCCUGUCGUCAGCUUCUCUGCAGGCGUCAGGGUUCGUUUUCUCCUGGGAGGGCGUCAUGGGGACUUCAAAUUCCUCCCACCGCCAGGCUAUGCCCCAUGCUAUGAGGCUGUGCUGCCCAAGGACCGACUGCGUAUUGAGCCCAUCAAGGAGUAUAAGCAUGAUUUCAAUGGUGUCCGCAAUCUGUUGGGGCCUACACAGUCCCUCUCGCACACCGCCUUCACCCCCUGCCCUGUGGACACAGUACAGAUUGUGCUUCCGCCUCACUUGGAGCGCAUUCGGGAGAAGCUGGCGGAAAACAGCCAUGAGCUAUGGGCCGCCACUCGCAUUGAACAAGGAUGGACCUACGGGUCGUUCCGAGAUGACAACAAGAAACUGCACCCCUGCCUGGUAGAUUUCCAGAGCCUGCCAGAGCCAGAGAAGAAUUACAACCUUGCAAUGUCUGGAGAAACACUCAAGACUCUGCUGGCGCUGGGCUGUCAUGUGGGCAUGGGGGAUGAGAAAGCAGAGGAGAACCUGAAGAACAUCAAGAUGCCCAAAACGUAUAUGAUGAGUAGUGGAUACAAGCCUGCCCCGCUGGACCUCAACCAUGUCAAGCUGACACCCAACCAGACCAACCUAGUGGAGAGACUGGCAGAGAAUGGGCACAACGUGUGGGCUCGUGACAGGGUCCACCAGGGAUGGACCUACAGCAUUGUACAGGACAUUAUGAGCAAGCGCAACCCGCGCCUGGUGCCGUACAACCUGCUGGACGAAAAGACCAAGAAGACCAACAGAGACACUGUCUGUGCAGCUGUCCGCACUCUCAUCGGCUACGGUUACAACAUUGAGCCACCUGACCAGGAGAGCAGUGAGUCUGUCUGUCAUUCCCGUGGAAAUAAGAUCCGUGUGUUCCGGGCUGAGAAGUCAUACGCGGUGACCCAGGGGAAGUGGUACUUUGAGUUUGAGGCUGUCACCGUGGGGGAUAUGAGAGUGGGUUGGGCCCGACCCAGUGUCCGCGCUGACACAGAGCUGGGGGCGGAUGAGCUGGCCUAUGUCUUCAAUGGUUUCAAGGCUCAGCGCUGGCAUGUGGGCAAUGAGCCGUUUGGUCGUAGCUGGUUGCCAGGUGACGUAGUGGGCUGUAUGAUCGACCUGGUAGAGCAGAACAUCUUCUUCACCCUGAACGGAGAGAUGCUGAUCAGCGACUCUGGCUCUGAGAUGGCCUUCAAGGACAUAGACACAGGAGAUGGCUUUAUCCCUGUGUGUAGUCUGGGCCUGUCUCAGGUUGGCCGGCUCAACCUGGGCCAGAACGUCAGCAGCCUGCGCUACUUCACCAUCUGUGGCCUGCAGGAGGGCUUUGAGCCUUUCGCCAUCAACAUGAAGCGAGACAUCACCAUGUGGUUCAGCAAGAGCCUGCCCCAGUUCAUCCCUGUUCCUACAGAACACCCUCACAUUGAGGUGUCCCGUGUGGAUGGGACAGUGGACAGCGCUCCGUGUCUGAAGCUAACCCACAAGACCUUUGGCUCUCAGAACGCCAACACAGACCUGCUGUUCCUGAGGCUCAGCAUGCCCGUGGAGUUCCACGAGACCUUUAAGGUUAUGGCCGGGACCACCCCCCUCACCCGAGCUCUGACCAUCCCUGAGGACGAGGUUCUGGAGGUUGACCCCGACUCUGACUUUGAGGUGCUGAAGAAGUCUGCCAGCCGCACGGAGAAGGAGGAGGAGAAGAAGGAGCCCUCUGUGCCAAAGGAGAUCCCUGUCAACGAAGGAGGAGAGAACGUGAAAGAUGCCUCUACAGAGAAGAGCAAGAAGAAGGGGUUCCUGUUCAAGGCCAAGAAGGCAGCUUUCACUCCGCCCCCUGUUGUUCCCACCAUGCCCCGCCUGAUGGAGGAAGUUGUACCAGACGAUCGAGAUGACGACGACAUCAUCCUCAACACCACCACAUACUAUUAUUCAGUGCGAGUGAUUGCGGGACAAGAACCCAGCGGUGUGUGGGUGGGCUGGAUCACCCCGGACUACCACCAGUACGACCUGCACUUUGACCUCAGUAAAGUCAGAAAUGUCACUGUCACCGUAGGAGAUGACAAAGGCAACAUCCAUGACAGUAUGAAGCGCAGUAACUGCUACAUGGUGUGGGGAGGGGAGUUCAGCAGCUCCCAGCAGACCCGUGUCAGUCAGGAGGACUUUGUGAUUGGCUGCCUUAUUGACCUGGACACAGGACUCAUGACUUUCACAGCCAACGGGAAAGAGAUCAACACCUUCUACCAGGUGGAGCCCAACACGAAACUGUUCCCAGCUGUCUUUGUCCUGCCCUCCAGUCAGAACAUGCUACAAGUGGAGCUGGGCAAGCUCAAGAACAUCAUGCCCAUCUCGGCAGCCAUGUUCCGCAGUGAGCGUAAGAACCCGGUCCCCCAGUGUCCUCCCAGGCUGGACGUCCAGAUGCUGACCCCAGUCAUCUGGAGCCGUAUGCCCAACCACUUCCUGUCCCCAGAGACGGGCCGUGUGAACGAGAGGCACGGCUGGAUGGUGGAGUGUAGAGAGCCUCUCACCAUGAUGGCCCUGCACAUCCCUGAGGAGAACAGAUGUAUUGACGUCCUGGAGCUGUCGGAGCGUAUGGACCUGCUGAAGUUUCACUACCACACCCUGAAACUGUACGGCUCGGUCUGUGCUCUGGGGAACAACCGCGUGGCUCACGCCCUAUGCAGUCAUGUUGAUGAGUCCCAGCUGUUCUACGCCAUAGAGAACACCUACCUGCCUGGACCAAUGAGGAGCGGCUACUACGACCUGCUCAUCAGCAUGCACCUGGAGUCGGCCAAGAGGAAUCGCCUCAUGACCAACAAGGAGUUCAUCGUGCCCAUGACAGACGAGACGCGCAGCAUCAACCUCUACUCCGACACUGACAACUCCCAUGCUUUACCAGGGGUGGGCCUCACUACCUGCCUGCGCCCCAAACUCCACUUCUCCCCUACUGGCUUUGUGGGUACAGACCUGGACAUCUACACCCUCAGCCCAUUCAUCCCCCUACAGGUGCUGAAGGCGAAGGCCCUGACCAUGCUGACAGAAGCUGUACAAGACGGUGGUCAGGCCAUGAGGGAUCCUGUAGGAGGCAGUGUUGAGUUCCACUUUGUCCCCAUCCUCAAGCUCAUCAGCACCCUGCUCAUCAUGGGCGUGUUCGAGAAUGAAGAUGUCAAGCACAUCCUGAAGAUGAUAGAGCCCACGGUGUUCAGUGGAGAGGCAGAGGCUGAAGAUGAGGAAUUGGAGGCAGAGCUGGAGGAGCUGGUAGAAAAAGAGGAAGAGGAGGACGGAGAGAAAGUGGAUGGAGAGAAAGGUGCUGAGGAGACGGAGAAGGAGGCGACGCCUGGAGAGGCAGACGAACAAGUAGGUCUGGAAGAGGGAUUACUGCACAUGAAGCUGCCAGAGUCUGUCAAGCUACAGAUGUGCACUCUGCUUCAGUAUUUCUGUGACUGUGAGUUGCGCCACAGGGUGGAGGCCAUCAUAGCCUUCUCAGACCAGUUUGUGAGCCAGGUGCAGGCCAACCAGAGAGCCCGCUACAACGAGCUCAUGCUGGCGUUCACCAUGAGCGCUGCCGAGACUGCCCGCAAGACCCGCGAGUUUCGCUCCCCACCGCAGGAGCAGGUCAACAUGCUGAUGAACUUUAAGAGCAUUGCGGAGGAUGAGGAGUGUCCUGUGCCUGACGAGGUCCGCGAUGCCCUGCUGUCUUUUCACAAGAACCUACUUGCUCACUGCGGUGUACACAUUGAAGAGGAAGAGGUGGAGGAGGAGUUGGAUAUGUCUCUCAAAGGACGACUCUUCAGAAUGUUGGACAAGUUGAGGCACCUCCGCAAGAAGAAGGUAGAGGAGGAGCCGGAACCUGUAGAAGAGACCAAACCCAGUACCCUCCAGGAGCUCAUCUCCCACACUAUGAUCCACUGGGCCCAGGAAUCGUUCAUCCAGAACCCUGAGCUGGUGCGUCUGAUGUUCAGCCUGCUGCACCGUCAGUAUGACGGGCUGGGGGAGCUGAUCCGGGCCCUGCCCAAGGCCUACACCAUCAACGCCAUCUCCAUAAAGGAUACCAUGGACCUGCUGGAGUGCCUGGGACAGAUCCGCUCGCUGCUCAUCGUCCAGAUGGGCCCCGAGGAGGAGAGACUCAUGAUCCAGAGCAUCGGAAACAUCAUGAGCAACAAAGUGUUUUAUCAGCACCCCAACCUGAUGCGAGCGCUGGGCAUGCACGAGACUGUCAUGGAGGUGAUGGUCAACGUGCUGGGUGGUGGCGACUCCAAGGAGAUCAGAUUCCCUCGCAUGGUCACCAACUGCUGUCGUUUCCUGUGCUACUUCUGUCGUAUCAGUCGCCAGAACCAGCGUUCCAUGUUCGACCACCUCAGCUACCUGCUACAGAACAGUGGCAUUGGCCUUGGAAUGCGUGGCUCCACCCCUCUAGAUGUGGCUGCAGCAUCCUGCAUUGACAACAAUGAGCUGGCUCUGGCUCUACAGGAACAAGACCUGGAGAAGGUGGUGAAGUACCUCGCAGGCUGUGGGCUCCAGAGCUGUCCCCAGCUCCUGGCUAAGGGUUACCCUGACAUUGGCUGGAACCCGUGUGGCGGGGAGAAAUACCUGGACUUCCUCCGCUUCGCUGUCUUCGUCAAUGGAGAGAGCGUAGAGGAGAAUGCCAACGUGGUGGUGCGUCUUCUGAUCCGUCGGCCAGAGUGUUUUGGCCCGGCCCUGAGAGGAGAGGGUGGGAACGGCCUGCUGGCUGCUAUAGAGGAGGCCAUCAAGAUCUCUGAAGAUCCUGCCAGGGACGGCCCCACUGUGAAGAAAGACAGGCGCUUCCCCGGCAUGUUCCCUGGUGGGGAGGAGCAGCAUGAGGAGAACAAGGUUCACCUGGGGAAUGCCAUCAUGUCCUUCUACUCAGCUCUCAUUGACUUGCUGGGACGCUGCGCUCCAGAGAUGCAUUUGAUCCAGGCUGGGAAGGGCGAGGCUCUGAGGAUCAGGGCCAUCCUGAGGUCCCUGGUGCCUAUGGAAGACCUGGUGGGAGUCAUCAGUCUGUCUGUCCAGAUACCAGACUUUGGAAAAGAUAACAGCGUCAUUGAACCCAAGAUGUCUUCCAGUUUUGUGCCGGACCACAAGGCUCCCAUGGUGCUGUUCCUUGACAGAGUGUAUGGUAUUGACAACCAAGACUUCCUGCUUCACGUGCUGGAGGUAGGCUUCCUGCCUGACAUGAGGGCAGCUGCUUCUCUGGACACAGCGGCUUUCUGCACCACAGAGAUGGCCCUGGCUCUGAACCGCUACCUCUCUCUGGCCGUGCUGCCCCUCAUCACCAAGUGUGCCUUUUUGUUCGCUGGCACUGACCACCGGGCCAUCAUGAUUGACUCCAUGCUGCACACCAUCUACCGGCUGUCCCGCGGACGAGCCUUCACUAAGGCCCAGAGAGAUGUUAUAGAGGAGUGUCUCAUGGCUUUGUGCAAGAAUCUGCGGCCAUCCAUGUUACAACACCUGUUGAGAAGGCUGGUAUUUGACGUGCCAAUUCUCAAUGAAUAUGCCAAAAUGCCACUCAAGCUUUUGACCAAUCACUAUGAGCGUUGUUGGAAGUACUAUUGCCUGCCCAACGGCUGGGGCAACUUUGGAGUGUCGUCAGAGGAGGAGCUGCAUCUCACCCGCAAACUCUUCUGGGGCAUCUUUGAGUCCCUGGCCCACAAGAAAUUUGAUGCUGAGCUGUUCAAAAUUGCCAUGCCGUGCAUAUGCGCCAUUGCUGGGGCCAUCCCUCCAGAUUAUGUAGAUGCCAGCUACUCCUCCAAGACUGAGAAGAAAGCUUUGGUGGAUGCAGAGGGAAACUUUGAUCCCAAACCAGUGGAGACCACAAAUACUAUCAUCCCUGAGAGAUUGGAUGGCUUCAUCAACAGAUACGCUGAGUACACACAUGACAAGUGGGCUUUUGAAAAGAUUCAGAAUAACUGGACGUAUGGAGAGAUGUUGGAUGAAAAUUCAAAAACUCACCCCAUGCUCCGACCGUACAAAACAUUCUCCGAGAAGGACAAGGAGAUCUACCGUUGGCCCAUCAAAGAGUCCAUGAAGGCCAUGAUUGCAUGGGAGUGGACUCUGGAUCAAACGAGGGAAGGAGAUGAAGCCAAGACUGAGCAGAAGAAGGCAGCUCGGAAGAUCUCUCAGACUGCGCAGGCAACAUAUGACCCCAGCCAUGGCUACAGUCCCCAACCAAUUGAAAUAUCCCACACGGCACUGUCAAGAGAGCUGCAGUCAAUGGCAGAACAACUUGCAGAGAACUAUCACAACACCUGGGGUCGAAAGAAGAAGAUGGAGCUGCAGUCCAAAGGAGGAGGCGCCCACCCUUUGCUUGUGCCCUAUGACACCCUGACAGCAAAGGAGAAGGCACGAGACAGGGAAAAGGCUCACGAGCUUCUCAAAUUUCUUCAACUCAAUGGAUUUGCAGUCACCAGGGGAAUGAAAGACAUGGAGUCAGACAUCUCAUCCAUCGAGAAGCGCUUUGCUUAUGGUUUCCUGCAGAAGCUGUUGAAGUGGAUGGAGAUCGCCCAAGAGUUCAUAGCUCAUCUUGAGGCUGUGGUGAGCAGUGGUAGAGUGGAGAAGUCGCCUCAUGAGCAGGAGAUCAAAUUCUUUGCCAAGAUCUUGUUGCCCCUGAUCAACCAGUACUUUAAAAACCACUGUCUGUACUUCCUGUCCACACCGGCCAAAGUCCUGGGUAGUGGAGGACAUUCCUCUAACAAGGAGAAAGAGAUGAUUGCCAGUAUCUUCUGUAAAAUGGCUGCUCUGGUGAGACACAGAGUUUCUCUCUUCGGGAAUGAUGCUGCUGCUAUUGUCAACUGUCUUCACAUCCUGGCACGAUCACUCGAUGCAAGGACGGUGAUGAAGUCUGGGCCUGAGAUUGUGAAGGCAGGGCUCCGGUCGUUCUUUGAGGGUGCAGCUGAUGAUAUCGAGAAGAUGGUGGAGAACCUCAAACUGGGAAAGGUGUCUAAAGGCAACCAGCAGGUGAAAGGCGUGUCCCAGAACAUCAACUACACCACCAUUGCUCUGCUCCCAGUCCUCACCUCCCUGUUCGACCACAUCUCUCAGCACCAGUUUGGAGAUGAUGUCAUGCUGGAUGAUCUCCAGAUGUCGUGUUACCGCAUCAUGUGCGCCAUCUACUCCCUGGGCAGUGUCAAGAACCCUCAUGUGGAGAGGCAGAGGCCAGCCCUGGGAGAGUGUCUGGCCCAUCUGGCGGCUGCUAUGCCUGUGGCCUACCUUGAGCCCCAUCUCAAUGAGUACAAUGCCUUCUCUGUUUACACCACCAAGACCCCCAGAGAAAGAGCCAUCUUGGGUCUGCCCAACGAGGUCCAGGAGUUAUGCCAGGACAUACCAGAGCUAGACAUUCUGCUGAAAGAGAUCGGGGACUUGGCAGAGUCAGGUGCCCGUUACACUGAGAUGCCCCAUGUGAUCGAGAUCACUCUGCCCAUGCUGUGUAACUACCUGCCCCGCUGGUGGGAGAGAGGAUUAGAGAACUUCCCUGAGCUGGAGGGCCAGAUCUGCACCGACGUCACCUCUGACCAGCUCAACCAGCUGCUGGGCAGUAUCAUGAAGAUCGUGGUCAACAACCUGGGCAUUGACGAGGCCUCCUGGAUGAAGAGGCUGGCUGUCUUCUCCCAGCCUAUUGUGAGCAGGGCCAGGCCAGAGAUGCUCAAGUCCCAUUUCAUCCCCACCAUGGAGAAGCUGAAGAAGAGGACAGGGAAGGUGGUGGCCGAGGAGGACCACCUGCGUAUGGAGGGGAAGGCCGAGGGGGACGAGGAGGAGGGCACCAUCAGGGAUGAGUUUGCUGUGCUCUGCAGGGACCUGUACGCCCUCUACCCUCUCCUCAUCCGCUAUGUGGACAAUAACAGGGCGAGGUGGUUGACAUGCCCGGACCCAGAUGCAGAGGAGCUCUUCAGAAUGGUUGGAGAGGUCUUCAUCUUUUGGUCCAAAUCUCAUAACUUCAAGCGAGAGGAGCAGAACUUUGUGGUGAUGAAUGAGAUUAAUAACAUGUCUUUCCUCACUGCUGACAGCAAGAGCAAGAUGAGCAAGGCUGGUGGCUCAGACGUGGAGCGUACCAAGAAGAAGAGACGGGGAGACCGUUACUCUGUGCAGACGUCACUUAUUGUGGCUGCCCUGAAAAAGAUGCUCCCCAUCGGCCUCAACAUGUGCUCCCCUGCAGAUCAUGAGCUUAUCAACCUGGCCAAGAUCCGAUACUCGUUGAGGGACACCGAUGAGGAAGUAAGGGAGUUCUUGCAAAACAACCUGCAUCUUCAAGGCAAGGUAGAGAACCCGUCCAUGCGCUGGCAGAUGUCCCUGUAUAAGGAGAUGGCAGGGAAGGCUGAGGAUGCUGAUGCUCCAGAGAAAGUGGUGAAGAGGGUGCAGGAGGUGUCAGCUGUGCUCUAUCACAUUGAGGUGACGGAGCACCCCUUCAAAUCCAAAAAGAUGGUGUGGCACAAACUGCUGUCCAAGCAGAGACGCAAGGCUGUGGUAGCCUGCUUUAGGAUGACUCCACUCUACAACCUACCCAGGCAUAGAGCUUCCAAUAUGUUCUUGGAAGGGUACAAACGCAACUGGAUCCAUACUGAGGGCUACUCCUUUGAGGACAGAAUGAUAGACGACUUGUCUAAAGCCAUGGAGCAAGAAGGAGAGGAGGAGGAAGAGACGGAGACCAAGCCAGACCCCCUUCACCAGCUCAUUUUGCAUUUCAGCCGUACUGCUCUCACAGAAAAGAGUAAACUUGAUACAGAUUACCUAUAUAUGGCAUACGCUGAUAUUAUGGCAAAGAGCUGCCACAUUGGUGAGGAGGACGAAGGGGGAGAGGAGGUGGAGGAAGGGGCUGAGGAUGAGAUGUCCUUUGAGGAAAAAGAGAUGGAGAAGCAGAGGCUCCUAUACCAGCAGUCCCGUCUCCACAACCGUGGGGCGGCUGAGAUGGUGCUGCAGAUGAUCAGUGCUUGCAAAGGUGAGACUGGCUGCAUGGUGUCCUCCACUCUUAAACUGGGCAUCUCCAUCCUAAACGGUGGUAACGUUGAGGUUCAACAGAAAAUGCUUGAGUACCUGAAGGAUAAGAAGGACGUUGGGUUCUUUUUGAGUGUCCAGGCUCUAAUGCAGACGUGCAGUGUCCUGGACCUGAAUGCCUUUGAGAGACAGAACAAGGCAGAGGGGCUGGGUAUGGUGUCGGAGGAGGGAACAAACAUGAAGUCAGAACGGGGUGAGAAAGUCAUGGCGGAUGAUGAGUUUACCUGUGAUCUGUUCCGCAUGUUGCAGCUGCUCUGUGAGGGCCACAAUAACGAUUUCCAGAACUACUUGCGGACACAGACAGGCAGCACCACCACUAUAAACAUCAUCAUCUGCACUGUGGAUUACCUCCUCCGACUGCAGGAGUCAAUCAGUGAUUUCUACUGGUAUUACUCUGGGAAAGAUAUCAUUGAUGAGCCAGGCAAGAAGAACUUCUCCAAGGCCAUGAUAGUGGCUAAGCAGAUCUUCAACAGUCUGACUGAGUACAUCCAGGGUCCGUGUACAGGCAACCAGCAGUCCCUGACCCACAGCAGGCUGUGGGAUGCAGUGGUGGGCUUCCUCCACGUCUUUGCCCACAUGAUGAUGAAGCUGGCACAGGAUUCCAGCCAGAUUGGCCUGCUGAAGGAGCUACUGGACCUCCAAAAAGACAUGGUGGUUAUGCUGCUCUCUCUACUGGAGGGUAAUGUUGUGAAUGGCACCAUUGCCCGUCAGAUGGUGGACAUGCUGGUGGAAUCGUCCAGCAACGUGGAGAUGAUCCUCAAAUUCUUUGACAUGUUUCUCAAACUGAAGGACAUUGUGGCGUCAGACGCCUUCCGUGAUUACGUGACCGACCCCCGAGGGUUGAUCUCUAAGAAGGACUUUCAGAAGGCCAUGGACAGCCAGAAACAGUACUCUCCCUCUGAGAUCCAAUUCCUGUUGUCCUGCUCAGAGGCCGAUGAGAAUGACAUGAUCAACUUUGAGGAGUUUGCCGACCGCUUCCAGGAGCCAGCUAAAGACAUUGGCUUUAACAUUGCAGUGUUGCUGACUAACCUGUCUGAACAUGUCCCUCAUGACCUCAGGCUGAAGAACUUCUUAGAGCAGGCAGAGAGUGUACUCAACUACUUCCGCCCCUUCCUGGGCCGUAUAGAGAUCAUGGGUGCCAGCAGGAAGAUAGAGCGUAUUUACUUUGAGAUCAGCGAGGUCAACCGCACACAGUGGGAGAUGCCUCAGGUCAGAGAGUCCAAACGACAGUUCAUCUUUGAUGUGGUCAAUGAGGGGGGCGAGUCGGAGAAGAUGGAGAUGUUUGUCAACUUCUGCGAGGACACCAUCUUUGAGAUGAACAUCGCCUCCCAGAUCUCGGAGCAGGAGGAGGAGAAGGAGGAGGAGGAUGAUGAUGAGCCGGCUGAAGGAGGAGCUGAGGCAGGAGGAGGUGGAGGGGGAGAUGAAGAGGGCAAUGGAGAGGAAGGAGAGCCAGAGUCCAGCUCUGCCUUUGCAGACUUCAUCAACAGCUUAUUGAACUUCCUGAGUAUCUUCACCUUCCGUAACCUGCGCAGGCAGUACCGCAGAGUGAGGAAGAUGACCAUCAAGCAGAUAGUGGUGGGUCUGGCCACCUUCUUCUGGACUAUCCUCAUUGGCAUCCUGCACUUCAUUUACAGUGUAUGUAAUGGCUUCUUCCUGCUCAUUUGGCAAACUCUAUUUGGAGGAGGCCUGGUGGAGGGAGCCAAGAACAUCACAGUGACAGAGAUCUUGGCCAGUAUGCCCGACCCCACCCAGGACGAGGUGCACGGGGACCUGCCAGGGGAGCCUAGGACUGGGGAGGAGCAGGAGGCAGGAGGGGUGACUGACCAAAUGGACACAGGCGGUGGAGAGGAGGAGGAGGAGGACAACCAAGACAAGGAAGGUGGGGGGCCACCACGCAUUGAUGCUCCAGGAGGACUUGGUGACAUGGGAAUUGAGGCCACUGUUGAGCCUCCUACUCCUGAGGGUACUCCUUUGACCAGGAGGAAACAGCAACCAGAGGAGGGUGCUGCUGCAGCUGCUGAUGGCCAAGCUGCUGAACCUGCUCCUGCUCCUGCCAUAGAGGAGCCCCCUCCAGAGCCUGAGAAGGCAGACACUGAAAAUGGAGAGAAGGCUGAGAAGGAAGCCGAGGCCAAAGAGGAGGAGAAACAGGAGGAACCGAAGGAAAAGAAGGCCAAGGAUAAGAAAAAUAAGAAACAACACCGGGAGCAAGGGUUCCAACUCUGGACUGAGCUGGACAUCCAAAGAAACAAAUUCUUGAACUACCUCUCUCGGAACUUUUACAAUCUGCGUUUUCUGGCACUGUUCAUUGCAUUUGCCCUAAACUUCAUUCUACUAUUCUACAAGGUGUCGGACAGCCCCCCUGGAGAAGGUGAUGAGGUGGAGGGCUCUGGCAUGUUUGAGGGCUCGGGAGUGGGGGCGCUGUUUGAGGGCAGUGGGCUGUUUGAGGGCUCAGCAGAAGAGACGGAGGGAUCUGGUGGGGAUGAAGGAGGAGACCAGGAGGAGGAGGAGGAGGGCCCAGUCUACUUCUUCUUGGAGGAGAGCACUGGCUACAUGCAGCCCACCCUCACAUUCCUGGCCGCCAUGCACACAGUCAUCGCCUUCCUCUGCAUCAUCGGCUACAACUGUCUAAAGAUCCCUCUGGUGAUCUUUAAGAGGGAGAAGGAGCUGGCCAGGAAGCUGGAGUUUGAUGGUCUUUACAUCACAGAGCAGCCUGAGGAUGAUGACAUCAAAGGCCAGUGGGACAGACUGGUCCUCAACACACCUUCUUUCCCAAACAACUACUGGGACAAGUUUGUCAAGCGAAAGGUCCUGGAUAAGUAUGGAGACAUUUACGGCAGAGAGAGGAUCGCAGAGCUUUUAGGCAUGGAUUUAGCCUCGUUGGACGUCAGUCAACAAACCGAUAAGAAGCCGGAGGAACCAGACAAUUCCACGUUGGCCUGGUGUACAUCUAUUGACUUUAAGUACCAGAUCUGGAAAUGUGGAGUUGUGUUCACAGACGGGACUUUUCUCUAUCUGUGUUGGUACACGAUCAUGUCCUUGCUUGGACAUUACAACAACUUCUUCUAUGCCUGUCACUUGCUGGACAUAGCCAUCGGUGUGAAGGAUCUGCGUACUAUCCUGUCCUCUGUCACCCACAAUGGGAAACAGCUCAUGAUGACAUUGGGCUUGUUGGCAGUGGUGGUGUAUCUCUACACUGUAGUGGCCUUUAUCUUCUUCCGCAAGUUUUACAACAAGAGUGAAGAUGAGGAUGAGCCGGAUAUGAAAUGUGACGACAUGAUGACUUGCUACCUCUUCCACAUGUACGUGGGCGUGCGUGCUGGCGGUGGCAUAGGGGACGAGAUCGAGGACCCGGCGGGAGACGUGUACGAGCUCUACCGGGUGGUCUUUGACAUCACCUUCUUCUUCUUUGUCAUUGUCAUCCUGUUGGCCAUCAUCCAGGGUCUGAUCAUUGAUGCCUUCGGAGAGCUCCGAGACCAACAAGAGCAGGUUAAGGAAGACAUGGAGACCAAGUGCUUCAUCUGUGGAAUUGGAAGCGACUACUUUGAUACGACGCCGCACGGCUUCGAGACCCACACCCUGGAGGAACACAACUUGGCCAACUACAUGUUCUUCUUAAUGUACCUCAUCAACAAAGAUGAGACGGAGCACACUGGCCAAGAGUCAUAUGUGUGGAAGAUGUACCAGGAGCGAGCGUGGGACUUCUUCCCUGCUGGGGACUGUUUCAGGAAGCAAUAUGAGGAUCAGCUUGCAUAA